GUAAUACUGAGUAUAUUGUGACUGUUGAGUCUACUGUUUCUGUAUGGGGAACGGUUAUGUUCUUUCUUGCAGUCGAAGUAAAAACUAGUUUUAUGCUUGUCAUUAUGUGCUUGAUAGUAGAAGAAUACCCAUUACGCCAUAUACCGGUCACGGACUAA